CCUGCAUAUUGCAUUCGAAGGCUUGAUCAAAGUGCUGGCACCCAAAGAUAUCGCUUUACACCUCAUCUGAACGGCAAGAGGCAGCAGGCAGCUUGCAGCCCAUUCCAGGCGCAAUGAGCGAUCGCAGCUCCAUGAACGACAGCAAACAGGAAUGGUCAACAUCCUCUUGGAGGAGCAAGCCAGUUGCGCAAGAUGUGGUCUAUCCUGAUGCGGAGAAUCUCUCCACCGUCUUACAGCAGCUCAAGUCUCUUCCCGGCCUGGUCACUCCAACGGAGGUCGACCGACUGCGAAAGCAGCUGGCUGAUGUGGCAGAUGGAAAAUCUUUCCUAUUACAGUCAGGCGACUGCGCCGAGCUUUUCAGCUACUGCAAUCCCACCCAAAUAGAGGCGAAGCUAAAGCUGAGCCUUCUCAUGUCCCUGAUCAUCAUUUGGGGUGCCCGUGUGCCUGUUGUCCGAUUGGGACGCGUAGCGGGCCAAUAUGCCAAGCCACGAAGCAAAGCCACCGAGGUUGUGGAUUUUGAUGGUGAAAAGAAGGAGGUAUUGACUUUCAGAGGCGACAACGUCAACGGCUUUGAUGUUCGCGACCGCAAGCCGGAUCCGGAGAGGCUGCUGAAAGCUUACUUCCACAGCUCUGCUACCCUUAAUCACAUUCGCGCUUCACUGUCGAGCGGCUUUGCAGACUUGCAUGCGCCCAUGUCCUGGUCCUUCUCACAUGUCCGCUCUCCCGCCUUGCAAGCCGAGUUUGAGCGGAUCGUCGAGUCUCUCACCGACGCGUUGGAUUUCAUGAAAACUGUAGGUGCAGAUCCCGAGAGCAGAAGUGAAAGCGGCAGCUCACUGAGCUCUGUGGACUACUACAUUAGCCACGAGGGCUUGAUGCUUGAGUAUGAGGAGGCUCUCACGCGUGUACAGAAACCCAGCUCGAAGGGAUUACACUCAAACUCGUCCGCAGAGCGCGAAGAGAGAACCCCGUCAGAAGUACCGUACGUUCUGUCUGCGCACACCAUUUGGCUUGGCGACAGGACACGACAACUGGACGGCGCGCAUAUCGAGUUCUUCCGAGGGAUACGCAAUCCGGUCGGCAUCAAGGUUGGCCCCUCCAUGAAACCGGACGAAUUGGUCAAGCUGCUUGAUGUCAUCGACCCACGGUGCGAACGAGGGCGCGUGACGCUCAUUGGAAGAUACGGAGCCAAGAAUGUUGAUGCGCUCCUUCCAGCUCACAUCCGUGCAGUCAACGCAUCGUCUCACGCUCAGAGUGUGAUCUGGUGCUGCGAUCCAAUGCACGGUAACACGACCUCCUCGCCUUCUAACCCGUCCGUCAAGACGCGGCUGUUCAGCGACAUUGUGACCGAGCUCGCAAGUGCCUUGCGUAUCCAUCAAUCCCUCGGCAGCAGGCUUGGAGGCGUGCAUCUCGAACUCACAGGUGAUAUGGACGAGAACGGUUUCAGCGUGACCGAGUGCGUGGGUGGGAGCAUGCAGCUGCAAGACCGCGAUUUGGCGCGCAACUACCAAUCGCACUGCGAUCCACGACUCAACUAUGAGCAAUCGCUCGAUAUCGCUUUUCUCAUCUCGCAUUUCUUGCGUGGCCAGCGCCUCGGCAAGACCUCCGGUGCUUUCAGCCCGGCGCCCGCCAGCACCCUCGUCAAUGACCAAGCGGGCGGCUCACCAAACGAAGAGCAGGACCAGAUCCUCUCAGAGCUCGUCAAGGGCAUCUCUGCUCGCCCGUAGAUACAAGGCACUCUACAGACUCGGAAAAAUAAGUACUUCUGGACGGAGUGCAUUUUGCAAUGGAAUACUACAUCUGGU